UACAGUUUCCCCAAAGCCCUGCCCGGAUUAUCUCCUUCCCAGCGGACUGGGAGAGGCUCCGGAGCAGGGAAAGGUAGUACUGGGCGAGGCUUCGUGGCCUGGAGCCGUUGCGAAUAUAGGAGGUGGAGCCACAGCUGGGAGCAUUUCUGGGUCCCUUAAAUCGAAAAUAGAAGAAGGACGAAGAGGAAAAACCGGAAUAAAGUGCAAAACACCCUGCUCGUGAACCCUGAGCAAAACCGAGGGCCUCUUGAAAGAUGCUAGUUUUCCAUCUUCUUUUUCCUAAUUGCAGGGACCCCACCCUUUAGUUGUUUGCAGUGAUUGGCACCCGCAUCCUAAAGGGACCUAAUUGCUGAGUCACAGUGAGCUAGUGAAUCAGGGUUCCCUUGCUAUAUAACCCCGAGAGCAGUUCCAGUUCUCUGGCAAUUAAAUUUUCUUAGGUGUGAAGGAAACUCUGAGGCGCACUGACACUAAGCCUCCGGGCACAUCUUUGCGGUGACCCCCUCUAUGCCAUCUGUCUCUGUGGGUCCGCGGAAAAAAAAAGGCUGAAGAAUUCUCUUUUCAGACUUAACAAUGGGAAAGUCCAAGAAAGUUACCCUCACUGUUCUCAGCCGGGAGCAAGCGGAAGGUGUGGGAGCUCGAGUUCGGAGAAGUAUUGGCAGACCUGAGUUGAAAAAUCUGGAUCCAUUUUUGCUAUUUGAUGAAUUUAAAGUGGCCAAACCAGCAGGAUUUCCUGAUCACCCACAUCGAGGUUUUGAAACAGUAACUUAUGUACUGGAAGGAGGCAGCACAGCCCAUGAAGAUUUCUGUGGACACAGUGGUAAAAUGGACCCUGGUGACUUGCAGUGGAUGACUGCUGGCCGUGGGAUCCUGCAUGCAGAAAUGCCUUGCUCUGAGGAACCUGUUCAUGGUCUACAACUCUGGGUCAAUUUGAAGAGCUCAGAAAAGAUGGUAGAGCCUCAAUAUCAAGGACUGAAAAGUAAAGACAUCCCCAAACCCAGUAGGAAUGGUGUGACAAUAUCUGUUAUCUCAGGAGAAGCCCUAGGAGUCAAGUCCAAGGUUUUUACUCGCACACCUACCUUAUAUUUGGAAUUCAAAUUGGACCAAGGAGCCAAGCAUUCCCAGCCUGUUCCUGAAGGAUGGACAGCCUUCAUUUACACAAUAUCUGGCAAUGUGUAUAUUGGUCCUGAUGGUGAACAACAAAAGGUUGAAUCUCAUCACUCUGCAGUUUUGGGGGAAGGUGAUAGUGUCCAUGUAGAAAACAAGGAUCCUGAAAGAAGCCACUUCAUCUUAAUAGCAGGGGAACCAAUUAAGGAACCAAUUGUCCAACAUGGUCCAUUUGUGAUGAAUACAGAAGCAGAGAUUUCUCAAGCUAUUAUUGAUUUCACAAGUGGCAAAAAUGGAUUUGAAAACGCCAGAAAUUGGAAAUCCAAGAUAGGAAACCAGUGAAAAAGUAACACAGUAGGUCUAGCUGCUUACCAGAUGGUUUCCAUUUGUUACAUGCUCAAUGUGUGUUUAAAAAAAAAAAAAAA